ACCGUAUACACUAGACAUUUACCGCAGCAUAUUUAAAAAGCAGACAUGGCUGUGUUGUGAACGAAAUGUUGGUCACCCAUUUCAUUAAGCUGGCUUUAAAACAAUUUACUCAAUUAGUAUGAGAACAACCAAACCAUUAAGUACCUCUAUAAGCUCAAUUAACUGACUUUGCUUUCAGUAAUGCAAGGGGACUUGAAUCACAGGAUAUGAAGGAUUAUAUUAGGGUUGUUACUUUUAAUGUUGCGCAGGAUCUCCUAAGCUUAGCUGACAACUCAUUCCACGUUUGUCUUUUUCAAUUAUUGCAUGGCCACCAGUGAGUGUGCCCUCAUUUCAGUGCUUAUUGAUCUAGAUGCAUGUGUGAUCAAAUGUAAGUUCAGUGCUCACCUUAAGUAGGGGUGGGUGUUUUUCUUAAAGCAUGUCACGAUCUUAAUAGAAGGAUCACAAUCUGAAUUUUGAUUUUCUUUUCAAAUUUAAGAUCCAGUCUGAAACAUGUGCAUAUAAAACACUACGUUGCAUUUAAAAGUCUGUUUUCAAAAUGGCAAUUAAAACCUGAUAAACUUUAUUUAUAAUAAUACAAUUGUAAUCAGCAGACCACAAAACAACAGACUUUUAAGUAGUCAAAACUCAAAUAGUAUUUUUAAUAAUGCCAUUUUUAAAAUGAUACAUUUUGAACAGAAUUACAUAUAUUUUAUAAUGUUCGUUGAUCAUACAUAAAAUGUACACGACUUUUUAUAUUCAAAAUUGAACUUCGAUGGUUGCUGACGAACAUGUUCAGUCAUACAUGCAGUUAAAAGUAGCCCAUUAAUGUGAACGGCGAGCUCAGGGUGCUUAGAACAAUUUUAUAUGUUUCAAAGUUGCAAAUCCCAGCUGCACAUCGCAAAACAUUUGUGUUAACAACACAGAAAACAUUUCCUCAUUGGAUAGGAUUUUGUUUUCCAACAUUUCACCAUUGCAUCUGUUUUGUUUUGAUAAAUAUGUGCAAUGCAGAGAGACAGUGCUUAGUUUGAAGACUGGGAAAUUGUGCGAGGGGCUCUGCUCAUUCUUGCAAUUAUCAACAUCACCACUUGUUAAUUACAGUAAAUGAUCAGAUAAAGCUUAAAAAAUUUAAAGCAGGAAAACCCUGUUACAAUGAUGAUCAUACAUGCAUACAUGUAAAGUGUGUGCAUCAGUUCUUUAUUUGCUAUGGUGUCCACAGAUUUAAACUGCAUCUUAACCCUGACGGCCUCAGUCACCUGUUUUCAUCAUUUUCAUUGUAAUUUUCGACUGCUCUAACCAUAGACUGUAGAAAAAGAUGGACGACGCCUGUUCGCUCUCUUCCAUUGGUGAAAAGUGAAGCCACCAGUGUCCCGAUAUGGCGCUGACAUCUUGGGUCUUGAGUCUGCGCAAUAGCGAUUUCGGGACCAGUCAUGCGCAGUAGUGAGCAGGAAGGGAAGCCGCGAAGUCAAAACCCCGCCCUUGCUCUCGUAGGAUGCGCAUAUCACACGAUAUCACAGCUGUCAAUCAUGACGUGAUUUUAAACCUAUUUUAAACACAAACCUAUUUUAAAAACAAACAUUUGAAUGUACAUCAGCGUGAUAAAAACUACAUUAAAUGACAGAAACCAGCUUCGGAAAAAAGAUAAUUGAAGUGUAAUAAAUUUUUUUAGUUGGUCUCAAGUCCCAUUGAAUAACAUGGGGAGGCGGGGUUUAUGACCUAUACUGGGACCAGUCCUUGGGGGGAUCGAGACGUUUUGGCUUCACUUUUCAGGGCUUGUGCGGCACGCUUGGCUCUAACACAUCUGUCAGUAGUAACUUCAUUUGGGACUUCGUAAGAUAUUUUGAUUAAUUGGUGGACAGAAAACACAAAACGCGUUUGGUCGCUUAGCGCAGUGUUAUGUGUGCACGCCUGGUGUGUGUGAGCAUGCAGCGUUUCUUUAACCAGGGUGUUUUUAUAAUAUAAGCACAAUAUAAACAUAACCAAAUGCAAAGUUGAGUGUUUACGUACAUUUUGUAUGCUUAUAUUUGCUUUAUUACCGUUUUUUACUUUCGCUUUGCAUGAUGUAAAAUGCGCUUGUUCUGUACUUUAGAAGAGAUCACGAUCUUUACGAUUAACUUUAAAAGUGAAUUGUGAACAUUUUCAAGAUCGAUCACAAUAUAAAAUCAUCACAUCACCCACCCCUAACCUGAAGCUCCAUUUGUUGCAGAAAAUCUUGUUGUGUGGGUGUGUUGUGAAUGGUGAGGAUGAUCCAUUUCUCCUUUGCGAAUAUGCUGUAGAAAUGUCAUCUGAGUCUCCGGUGAAAGAAAGCUAACGGUCACCACAACAAUCCAAAAACAUCUGUAUGAGAGCUGUAUGUGUAAACGUAUACUAUCGUAAUGUGGCUGGCAUACUAUCCAAAAGCGUAUGCUGAAAUGAUAGUGUUGUUUAGUUCUGAAAUGUAAAUUGGAUCCAUUUCCAUAGAUUUUACCUCAACAGUUAUCUGAUGUGUAAGUCCAGAAACUCACCUCAGGUUAGUCAUAACCGUAUAGGUUUUAGUCUACAUGCACACAUGCUAAUUUAGGAACCUACAAGCGGCACUCUUAAAAAAGGAUAAGAUGUGGCUAUGCCAUGUGUUUCUAAGUCCUGUUGCUGUGCUUGUAGUUAAUUGUAAGUUAUCAAAUGAUUAAGCAAAGAGGACCAAAAGAACAGGAACUAGCCUACAUUUGAUCUCAUUUCAUUUGUAUAACACUGUUCAAUAGCUAAAGGUCCAAUUAUCACACUGUUGUAACACAAUGACACUUAGAAGUCCAGUUUUCACUUUAACUGGCCAGGUUGUCAUUGUUUUUUCCCACGUAGUAGCCUUGUAGUAUUUUUUAUCUAAAGGAUUUUUCUAGACGGAAACAUUUUACUGGAAUGAAGUUCAUCUUUUGAUGCUUGUUUGUUUACGGUGCCUUACUGCCAGUUUGGUUGAGGUCUUGUAUUUUUGUGAUACAUUCAGAUUAGGUGUUACUAUCUUGGAUCUUAGCAGUUGGAUACACACACUACACUACUCAAGCAGACAUCUUGAUGACAUCAUCCAGAUCAAUAAUAUUUCAAAUGAUUCACAUAAAGACUUUACGCAUAAUUUAUUUUUGGCUCUGUGAGGAUAGUACAGGAGCUGUGAGCUGCCUACUUGUUUUCCUAUUUGAAAUGAUGCCUGUCAGUAAUGUUGGUGCUUUAAUUGUGGUAUGUUUCAGGUUUUCAUUCAAAGUAAGUGGUGUUUUAAAGAGGUGGCCAGAGCUUAAAGUUGAGUCUGAGGCUUUGAUUAGUCCGAUAUGUCUGGAAUACUAUAUCUGUCUGCUGUUAAAAAUAGUACAAGAAAGGAAAAAGAGAUAUCUAACCUUUUCAGCACUUUUCCAUCUUUACUGUGUUUCAGAUGGCAGCAGUGACAAUGGGCUUUGGAGAUCCUCUCUCAUCUUUACACUCGGUGGCAGCACAGAGGCAGCGAGCACUGGCCAUCAUGUGUCGCGUGUAUGUGGGCUCCAUUUAUUACGAGCUGGGGGAGGACACCAUCCGACAGGCCUUUGCCCCCUUUGGUCCUAUAAAGAGUAUUGACAUGUCUUGGGACUCUGUCACCAUGAAACACAAGGGUUUUGCCUUUGUGGAGUAUGAGGUUCCUGAAGCAGCUCAGCUGGCCUUGGAGCAGAUGAACUCUGUCAUGUUGGGUGGAAGAAACAUUAAGGUGGGGCGGCCAAGUAACAUCGGACAGGCGCAGCCUAUCAUUGACCAACUGGCUGAGGAGGCACGUGCCUACAACCGAAUCUAUGUAGCCUCAAUCCACCCAGAUCUAUCUGACGAUGACAUCAAGAGCGUCUUUGAGGCCUUUGGAAAAAUUAAAAGUUGUAUGCUGGCACGGGAACCCACCACGGGAAAGCACAAGGGCUUUGGAUUUAUCGAAUAUGAAAAGCCUCAGUCAUCACUGGAUGCCGUCUCAUCUAUGAACCUGUUUGAUCUUGGUGGUCAGUACCUAAGAGUUGGGAAGGCUGUUACUCCUCCCAUGCCUCUGUUGAUGCCUACGACCCCUGGAGGUUUGCCUCCAGCUGCUGCCGUGGCUGCUGCUGCAGCAACCGCCAAGAUCACUGCUCAGGAGGCUGUUGCGGGAGCGACAGUGCUGGGUUCUCUUUCUUCACCAGCGCACAUUCUCAGUCAGCAAUUGGGUCUACCACAAGCAGUAUUGGCUGCCCAGGCCCCUGGCAUCAUUACAGGUGUUACACCUGCUCGCCCCACUCUCCCUGUAGUCCCCCAGGUUGGUUUGGUCAACCCAGUAUUAGCAUCCCCACCGGUCACAUCAUCUGGUUCUUUGGGCACACCUACAUCUAUAUUGCAGACGCAUACAGAAGUAAAGCGAGAGGAAGACAAUCGGCGAUCUGACGAAGACAAGGAUCGGCCAGUGGGAAAUGGUCAGGACAGUGAACUGGAGAAGCUGAGCGUCAGUGCAAGUGGAGGAAAACCAACAGCCAUGCAUUCAAAGUCAACGGUGAUGGUUCUACGCAACAUGGUGGGCCCAGAGGACAUUGACGAUGACCUGGAAGGUGAAGUGAUGGAGGAAUGUGGAAAGUAUGGUGCUGUUAAUCGGGUUAUCAUAUACCAGGAGCGACAGGGUGAAGAGGACGAUGCUGAGAUAAUAGUAAAGAUCUUUGUGGAGUUCUCAGAUGCUGGUGAAAUGAACAAGGCCAUCCAGGCCCUUAAUAACCGCUGGUUUGCUGGUCGCAAGGUUGUGGCCGAAGUGUACGAUCAAGAGCGCUUUAAUAACAGCGAUCUCUCUGCAUAAGACUGUUCCACAAUGGCAACCGGUCUGUCUCUGUAGGCUCAAACUCACUCAGCUUUCAUCAUUGCUGCUAGAGAUUUGGGCCUCUUUGAAACUUGUAAUUAUUUUUUUAUUGAUGUUGAUAGGUAAUAAUAUUAUUGGAAACAUCCCAAUGGAGGCAUUUAGCUUAGGACAAAAAAUAUGCUUCUCAUGCAUUUUCUUUGUGUCACCUACUGUGAAAUACUCGCAUUUUUUAACUGUCAUUGUUAUUUGCAGGAUUUUUUUUCAGAUUUUGAUGCAAUUUUCCCCGUUCCCACCCCCACUUUUUUACAAAUGGCAACUUUUUUUCCACUGACAUUGUGUUGAAAUUCUAAACAUUGUGUUGGUGACAUUGGUUCUGGCUUUACCAAAACAAUAAAUUUCUCUAAUAUGCA